UGGUUUUCCAGACAGCAGUCCGACGCAAGCCAGGGAUCUGGGGAUCUCCGUACCAUCCCAAGAUCUGAGUGGGAUGUCCUUUUGAAGGAUGUGCAGUGCUCAAUCAUAAGUGUGACAAAGACUGACAAGCAGGAAGCUUAUGUACUCAGUGAGAGUAGCAUGUUUGUCUCCAAGAGACGUUUCAUUUUGAAGACAUGUGGUACCACCCUCUUACUGAAAGCACUGGUUCCCCUGUUGAAGCUUGCUCGGGAUUACAGUGGGUUUGACUCAAUUCAAAGCUUCUUUUAUUCUCGUAAGAAUUUCAUGAAGCCUUCUCACCAAGGGUACCCACACCGGAAUUUCCAGGAAGAAAUCGAGUUUCUUAAUGCAAUUUUCCCAAAUGGAGCAGCAUAUUGUAUGGGACGUAUGAAUUCUGACUGUUGGUACUUGUAUACUUUGGAUUUCCCAGAGAGCCGAGUGAUCAAUCAGCCAGAUCAAACCCUGGAAAUUCUGAUGAGUGAGCUCGACCCAGCAGUUAUGGACCAGUUCUACAUGAAAGAUGGUGUUACUGCAAAGGAUGUCACUCGUGAGAGUGGAAUUCGUGACCUGAUACCAGGUUCUGUCAUUGACGCCACACUGUUCAAUCCUUGUGGCUACUCGAUGAAUGGAAUGAAAUCGGAUGGAACAUAUUGGACUAUUCACAUCACUCCAGAACCAGAAUUUUCUUAUGUUAGCUUUGAAACAAACCUAAGUCAGACCUCCUAUGAUGACCUGAUCAGGAAAGUUGUGGAAGUCUUCAAGCCAGGAAAAUUUGUGACCACCUUGUUUGUUAAUCAGAGUUCUAAAUGUCGCACAGUGCUUUCUUCACCCCAGAAGAUUGAUGGUUUUAAACGUCUUGAU